UGUCAGUUCAGCCUUCAAGCCUCGACUGGAUAGAUAAGAUACAUCGCAGAUACUAAAUUGUGAAUAAUUGGAUUGGAAUAAUAGAACAAAAGGAAAAAACAGAAAAAGUACGUUUCGAGGAAAGUUAUAAAGAACCAAAAUUACAAAAAUGACGGAAGAAAAGGCGGAAAUUGACUGGGGAAAUGAUAAACUACAACGAGCACAGAAAACAAUUGAUGAAGCAUCAUACGAUCUGGAAGCAUGGAGUUUAUUAAUCAGAGAAGCACAAAAUCGACCCAUCACCGAAGUUCGACCACUUUUCGAAAAACUCGUCACAGUAUUUCCUUCUGCAGGCCGAUAUUGGAAAAUUUAUAUUGAACAAGAGAUGAAAAUGAGGAACUUUGAAAAGGUUGAAAAGCUUUUCCAAAGGUGCCUCAUGAAAAUUUUAAAUAUUGAAUUGUGGAAAUUGUAUCUUUCAUACGUUAAAGAGACAAAAGCGAGCCUGACAACAUAUAAAGAGAAAAUGGCACAGGCGUACGAUUUCGCAUUGGACAAAAUAGGAAUGGACAUUCAUUCCUUUAGCAUUUGGAAUGAUUAUGUCAUGUUUUUGAAAAGCGUCGAAGCUGUUGGUUCAUAUGCUGAGAAUCAAAAAAUCAGCGCAGUGAGAAAGGUUUACCAACGAGGAGUGGUGAAUCCAAUGAUAAAUAUGGAACAAUUGUGGAAGGAUUACAUGGCAUUUGAACAAAAUAUAAAUCCUAUUAUUGCCGAAAAAAUGGCAAUUGAAAGAUCAAGGGAUUAUAUGAACGCGAGACGUGUCGCCAAGGAAUUGGAGGCAGUAACAAGAGGAUUAAAUAGAAGUGCUCCGAGUAUACCUCCAACUGGACAUCCAGAUGAAGUGAAACAGGUUGAAUUGUGGAAGAAAUACAUUGCUUGGGAACGAAGUAAUCCACUGAGAACUGAGGAUACAUCGCUUGUUGCUAGACGAGUGAUGUUCGCCAUUGAACAAUGCUUAUUGUGCCUCGGUCAUCAUCCAGCCGUGUGGCAUCAGGCCGCACAUUUUCUCGAAUUAAGUUCAAAAAUUCUCACCGAAAAAGGUGACGUUAAUGCCUCGAAACAACUUAGCGACGAGGCAGCAACAAUGUUCGAAAGAGCAACAAGUACAUUGCUCUCAAAAAAUAUGUUGCUUUAUUUUGCUCACGCAGAUUUUGAAGAAGGGCGAGUUAAAUACGACAAAGUUCAUCAAAUUUAUCAAAAGUUUCUCGAUAUUGCCGAUGUUGAUCCUACAUUGGCUUUCGUUCAGUAUAUGAAGUUUGCUAGACGCGCCGAAGGAAUAAAAUCGGCGAGAAUAGUUUUUAAAAGAGCGCGAGAGGACCAAAGAUGCAAGCAUCAUGUUUACGUUGCUGCCGCUCUGAUGGAAUAUUAUUGUACCAAAGACAAAAACAUAGCAUUCCGCAUUUUUGAAUUAGGUUUAAAGAAAUUCGGAGACCAUCCAGAUUAUAUUCUUUGCUAUAUAGAUUACUUGUCUCAUUUAAAUGAGGACAAUAAUACAAGAGUACUAUUUGAGAGAGUAUUAUCUUCCGGUAGUUUAGAACCAGAGAAAUCAGUUGACAUUUGGAAUCGUUUCCUCGAAUUCGAAUCGAAUAUUGGAGAUUUAGCCAGUAUUGUUAAGGUUGAAAAACGACGAAGUGCUGUUUUAGAGAAGAUUAAAGAAUUCGAAGGUAAAGAAACGGCCCAAUUGGUCGAUCGCUACAAGUUUUUGGAUUUAUAUCCCUGUACAACAAUGGAAUUACGAUCAAUUGGCUACGUUGAAGUGUCGAGUAUAAGUAGAAAUUCUUCAGGACCAGCUUUACGGAUUCCUGAUCAAGAAGAAGCACUAGCUGCAUUACCGAGACCCGACAUAUCGCAAAUGAUUCCAUUUAAACCGAAGCUCAAUGCUUUGCCCGGAGAACAUCCUGUACCAGGUGGCGUGUUUCCUUUGCCUCCAGCAGCUGCUCAAUUGUGCACUAUUUUACCACCACCAGGAUGUUUCAGAGGACCAUUUGUUACAAUUGAUUUACUAAUGGACGUUUUUGGUAGAAUUCAAUUACCAGAGCACGCACCGCUCCCAGUGUCAGACAAUGGUUGUGACACAAAAUUAUUCGACCUGGCAAAAAGUGUUCACUGGAUAGUUGACGAAGCAAACGACGGAACGGCAAUUGGAUCAAAACGAAGAAGAACAAGAUUAGGUGGUGAUGACAGUGAAGAGGAGGAUUUACCACCGCCACCAGCUAAUGAUAUUUAUCGGCAAAGGCAACAAAAACGAGUGAAAUAAGAAAAAAAAACACUUCUCUUUUUUUACACGAUAAAAACUCAGGGUAAUUCGGAAUUUGUUUUGAAAUGAAUCAAUUAUGCGAAUUUAACUUUUUCACCCCCACGCUGACCCGCAUCGUUUUCAAAUUAUGAUUUACAAAUAUUUUAUAUUUUUUCUGCAAUUUAUAUAAUCUGAAAUGAUUAUUAUAUAAAUUUAAAGAGAGAAAGGGAGAGAGAGAGUUUGGUUUACCAAACUCGCGUGAAGAAUAUUAAUCGAAUAGUGAACAUGUUCUUUUUUCCUUGUUUCUGAGUACUAUGUACUCAAAAUGUGUGGAUUAUUCCACAAUUGAGACUGUGUUUAUUUUGUAUCGUCCAUUAAUGAAUUUUGCAAAAUACCUUUAAGUGCAUUGUACUCUAAAGUUAUAUAUUGUAAAGGAACGAUCAAUACUUAGCGAAUAACUUAGAUUAUAAUUUUUAUUAUUGAAUAAAAUGUAUAAGGGUAAAAAACUGA